AACCAACAAAUAAACCUAAACAACACUUCAAUAGCUUCAUUUUCAAAGAUGAGAUUCUACGCCAUUGCCUCCCUUGCUUUUAUUGCUGUUACUCUGGCGCACGCCGCACCUGCUCAAUCAAACGAAAACCAAAUUCAGGAUAUUUCAAAUGCCAUCCAGGCGGUCAUUGAUAACAUCAACGCAGUUACCAAUAUCAAGCGCGAUGUGGCAUCUGCAGAGCUUGCCAAAAGAGGUGGGGGAACCUUGGAGACUCUCUUGGGAAACCUCGGCAAGACUGUGGAUGGUCUCCUGACAGGCAUUGGACUGAGCCUCAGCGGCAAGCCUUAGAGGCUUUUGCACGGAAAAAACCUCCAUACAUAUGCGGUACUUGUGCUAAUAUCACAACACACGUUUUGAUGUUUUAUCGUAGUAGCAUUUUCAAUUACAGUUAAUAGAUGUCUUUUAAGUGGUCUUAAUUUAUAGACAGUUAAGAGAACACCUUAACUUGAU